AUGAACACCGGUAUGUCGCCCAAACAGGACGACGCUUCUAACCCCAACCUACUCAACAUAGGCCAAGACCAUUCGCUGCAGUAUCAGGGUCUCGAGCACAACGACUCUCAGUACAGGGAUGCUGCUUCUCAUCAAACGCCUCACCAAUACUUAAACCAGUUUCAAAGCCAGCCCCAACAACAACAGCAGCAGCAGCAGCAGCAGCAGCAACAACAACAAGCGCCUUAUCAAGGUCACUUUCAGCAGUCACCACAGCAACAACAACAAAAUGUUUAUUUCCCUCCACCUCCUCAAUCGCUGAGACAACCUAGUUCGCAGUCGCAACAACAACAAUACGGUAAUACGAACUCAAACGCAAACAGCAGUGUUAAUGUUAAUGCGAUACCUCAGGAUUUCGGUUACAUGCAACAAACUGGGUCCGGGCAAAACUAUCAAACGAUAAAUCCGCAACAGUUUUCUGAGUUAUACAACUCCUUUCUAAGCCAUUUGACUCAGAAACAAACAAAUCCUUCGGGCAGUCCAGGUGCGUCCAGUAGCAGCAACAACAACAACAACCCCAGUAGUGGCAAUAAUAGCACUGGCAGUAAUACUGCCCAGUUGGCAGCCUCUCAAUUGAACCCGGCCACCGCUGCUGCGGCAGCCGCCAAUAAUGCCGUUGGCCCAGCUUCAUACUUAUCUCAACUUCCUCAAGUGCAGAGAUACUAUCCAAACAACAUGAAUGCUCUCUCUAAUCUUUUAGACCCUUCCUCUGCUAAUGUUGGCGGAAAUGCUAACUCAGCUAGUCACCCUGGCCUAUUGCCGCCCAACAUGCCAUCUCAAUUGACUCACCAUCAGCAACAGAUGCAACAACAGCAACAAUUGCAUCAACAACAACAGCUGCAGCAGCAACAACAAUUGCAACAACAAUUGCAACAACAGCAACUACAACAGCAACAACAACAGCACCGUCAUAUGCAACAGCAACAGCACCAGCACCAGCAACAGCAACAGCAACAGCAGCAACAUCCUGUAGUGAAAAAAUUAUCUUCCACUCAGAGCAGAAUUGAGAGAAGAAAACAGUUGAAAAAGCAAGGCCCUAAGAGGCCUUCUUCUGCUUAUUUCUUGUUUUCCAUGUCUAUAAGAAACGAGUUACUGCAACAAUUUCCUGAAGCGAAAGUUCCCGAGUUGUCUAAAUUGGCUUCUGCAAGAUGGAAAGAGCUUACUGACGAUCAAAAAAAACCAUUCUAUGAAGAGUUUAGAACCAACUGGGAAAAGUAUAGGGUCGUAAGAGACGCUUACGAAAAGACUUUACCUCCAAAAAGACCAUCCGGUCCCUUUAUUCAAUUUACCCAAGAGAUUAGACCUACCGUCGUCAAGGAAAAUCCUGAUAAGGGCUUAAUCGAAAUCACCAAGAUUAUUGGUGAAAGAUGGCGUGAAUUAGAUCCUGCUAAAAAGGCAGAAUAUACUGAAACUUACAAGAAGAGAUUAAAGGAAUGGGAAAGCUGCUAUCCUGAUGAAAAUGAUCCAAAUGGAAACCCGGCCGCUCAUUCACACAAGACCAUGAACAUGAAUUUGAAUAUGGACACUAAAAUAAUGGAAAACCAAGAUAGCAUUGAACAUAUCACCGCAAACGCGAUUGAUUCGGUUACGGGAAACAACAAUAACAGUACCAGCUCGAACACUCCCGUUUCCCCCCCAAUUUCAUUGCAGCAACAGCAACUUUAA